CAGAGUAAAGUCUAGUCUUCAUAAGUGUAAAGCUCAUGAAAAAUUUCUUAUACAACUCCUAGAAAGCAAAAUCAGUAACUUUAAAAAAUUUUCCAAAACUUUAUUUACUUAAACAAGUAAACAAAUCAAAACGUUUACUUUAUUUAUUUCAAGUGUUUAUUUUAGAAAAUUAAAAUUUUAUUUAAUUUUAACAAAUAUUCAUAUUUUGUAAUUUUUCUACUUUUAAAGACAACAUGAAAUUAAGUUUUAUCAAAAUUUGUAUUAUAAUUGUAUUUAUUGUUUUAAAUUGUCAAGUUUUGACAGUAGUGUUUGGAGAAACAACUUUAUCAGAAAAUAAAAAUUUAACUCACCAUGAAGAGCAUUUAAAAGAUUUAAAUGUAAGUAAAUAUAAUUCAAAAAAAUUGAAAUCUAGUAAAAGUAAUAAUGAAGAAAUGGAAAAUUCUCCUUGGUUCUUAAAUAUACCACUAUUGCCGGUAAUAGUUGCAACUUCGAAUUCAAUUCCCGAAGGUUCUUGUAAAAGACAAUUACGAUUAUAUUUUAAUCAUUUAAAAAAUGGCACAUUAUGGGCGACUGAAAUGUUCGAUUCAUCCGCUAAAUAUCCAUAUGGUGUUUUUGAUGGUUUCACUCGGCAUUUGGGAAGUUUUGAUCAGUGUGAAAGAAUUGAAACAAAAAUUAUAAAUAAUGAAGAUGGAAAAAUUGAGGAAAUACGCAGUAGAUAUUGUUUGGUGGAUGUAAAAUUUAAAGAAAAAAAUGAACCAUCAAAUUUUACUGAAGAAUACAAUCUAUUUUUUGAUUCACAAGAUUCUGCCUGGGAAGCAAUCAGAGAAAAAGGCGAUUUUCGACGGUUCAAAAGAUACUUUUUGCAAAUGGCAUUGUGUUUUCCUGCAAAAUGUCAAACAGAGGAUAUUGUGACGGCACUAAAAGAACCCUUGGAUGAAUUUAGUACAAAAUACAAUAUUAAAGUUGAAGCAUCAAUUUUACCUAUGUAUUGCUCUUCUCUUGCUUCCAAUCAAGAUGCAUUUUCUAAUUAUGAAAUAAUUUUCAGUUUAACAUUUCUUUUAAUAUUUACUAUUAUCGUCAUAAGUACCAUUAUUGACAUAAAUUCUGACGAAAAGAAUGAGCCGUCCUUAUUAAAGAAUCUACUAUUCUGUUUUUCUGCUCGCAAAAAUUGGAACAACAUUUUUAAAAUAAAUUAUGUACAUCCUGCAUUAGACUCCAUACAUUCUAUUCGAGUAAUAUUGACAGGUUUGGCUGUUAUUGCUCACAGACAAAUUCAAUACUUAUAUUCAGGAACAAUGAAUGGACGUUAUUUUGAAUGGAUAUCGUCUGAUCCCAUUUUUGGAUUACUUCACAAUUUUGGAAUUGUUGUCGAUGGAUUCUUCGGUUUGGGAGGGCUAUUACUUUCUUACGCAUUAUUGGAGACAUUGAAUAAAACAAGAAAAUUAGAUUACGUACAUUUGAUUUUAAAUCGAGUAAUGAGAUUGUUACCACUUUAUAUUUUUGUGACUUUUGGAUAUGCAACGAUUUUUCAUCGAUUUGGUUCUGGACCAUUUUGGGAAGUUGCUGUUGGUCUUAAUCGAGAUUCUUGUUCUUCUCAUUGGUGGUCAAAUUUGUUUUUCAUCAAUAAUUAUUUUAGUGGUGACAACAAGUGCGUAAUUCAGUCUUGGUAUUUAGCUGUGGAUUUUCAUUGUUUUUUAAUUGGAUUAUUGUUAAUUACUGCAUUUAACAAAAUGUCUCGUAAAAUUGGUUACAUAUUUUUAUGUUGCACCUUAAUUUUUUCUGCUGCAUUGACAUUUUAUUUUACAUAUAAUAAUGAUGCAGACCCAAUAUUAAUCUCCUAUGUCACGUUUAGAAUAGCAGAAGAAAUGGAUUAUUUUCUUAAUUAUUACGUUAAAUCUCAUUUGCGUUUGGCUGCCUAUAUUACCGGAUUAAUUUUCGGGGCUCUGUUAUAUGACUGCAAAAAAACUAGAUGGCGCAUAUCAAAGAUGUGGUCACAAAUUUUUUAUCUUAGUGCAACUUUCUUGGCUUAUACUUUAACGUGGAGUGGAACACUUUUCAUGAAUCCAAAUUUAAAAAUAAAUGCUUUCCUAAAAGCUCUUUACGCAAGUCUUCAUAGACCAAUUUUCUCCUUCUGUAUUUGUGCUAUUCCCCUUCUCUUUUCAAUUGGAGACGGUUUAGAAUUUUAUUAUAAAAUUAUAAAUAUAAAAUGGUUGCAACCUAUAUCAAGAAUAACUUUUUCAAUUUAUCUUACUCAUUAUGCGAUAUUUCUCUAUGAACUUGGAACAACAAAAACAUCAUUUACAUUUACCUUUUACAAUGGAGUAAAAUACAUUGUAGGUGAUUUUAUUUUUUCUGUCCUCCUUGGAUUAUUCUUUGCUAUUCUAAUUGAAUUUCCAUUUAGAAACUUUGGAAGCUUAAUUUUAAAAAGAUCCUCAAAAAUCAUUAAAAAAGAAGAAUAAUAAUUACAUACAUAAUAUGAAGAUAAGUCGAAAACGAUCCAAUUUAACUAAAUUUUUAUAAUGAUAUUGUUAUAUUCGCAUUGGUUUCCUUGCAUGUUCUCUUAGAUCGAAGACGCAUUAGCUUCGUAAAUAAAACAGGUUUUUAAAAUUAUUAAA